GUUCCUGUUGGAAGAAAAAAUUGAGAAAAUAUUUAAUCUAGAAACAUGUUAGGUCAUGCUGACUUGGCUUGAAGGACGUAUCAAGAGGGAGACUUUAGUUGACCUUCAGAUGCAAAUGUGUUCUCUUAUACCUUCCGAUUUUGUGGAAAUUCGAUAGUGUCAGGAAGUGUCCUGUUGCAUCACGGAUGUAGGGAGGGAAAACUAUCCCCUUCUGCACCCACUCCCUCAGGAGCUUGCUGGUAAUGCUCAGGGCACGAUUAUUCAAGUAAAAGAAGAGUAGUUUUAGAAAUACAAGCAACGUUAGAUAAGGCAAACCUAAGCUCGUAUUAACUGUUCUUACGGGCAUCAACACAUGGUUAUCGCGCUCUUUUUCCGUCGUCUGCUCGCUUUCCGCAGCCGCAUAGCGGAACAAAAUAAAAGUACAAGUUAAAUUCCAGAAUAACUUUGUUCCACCGUGCUGUACUGCAUAUUCGAAUAAGUUUUAUAGUUCUGAUUUUUAGCGUGUGAAUUAGCUUAAAUUCUAUUGAAAUUUAGAAAGGGCGAAAAAUAAACGCGAAACAAAACACGAACAAAAUGGCAGCCGCAUGAGGAACCCAUGGGAACCCAUAAUUCCAUAUGAUUCCGGACAUCGCAAUCCAUGCAUUGGGACUGCUAUUUUCUGACAGGAGUCUACCGUGAUACUGCACUGCGCUGUUAACGUAAAAUGUACCUUGCAAGGAGCUGACACUUGGUAUGAACGCCGUCGCUGUACUGUUAUAGCCAUCGACUGUUUCUGCCAAAAUUGGGAGAUUUAAGACGUCAGUCGGUACCCAGGACAUCUCCGGAAGGAAGGAGCAUCUCCACACAAUCAACGUUGCUUUGGAGAAAUAGGGUUUCAAAUUUGGGUUUGGAUGCUGUAGUAAAAUGACAAUGACUGCACGACUGAAGCAAGUCGUCAGUAAAAACAAGAAACGCUACCAGGAUGAAGAGUUUGACUUAGACUUGUCCUAUAUCGAAGAUAACAUCAUUGCUAUGGGUUAUCCCGCCGAGAAGCUGGAGGGUGUUUUCAGAAAUCACAUGGAGGAUGUACAAAGAUUUCUCGAAACAAAACACAAUGGGCAUUACAAAAUAUACAACUUGUGCUCGGAACGGCAGUAUGACGCCAAGAAGUUUGAGAACCGGGUGGCCUCCUACCCAUUCCAGGACCACAAUCCUCCGCACAUUGAUCUCAUGAAGCGCUUCUGCAAGGAUGUCGAGAGGUGGCUCUCUGGCGACCCCAAAAAUGUGGCCGCCAUACAUUGCAAGGCCGGCAAGGGACGGACAGGUGUCAUGAUCUGUGCGUACCUCCUGCACAGCAAAGUCUGCAGUACGGCCGCAGACGCCCUCUCCCACUACAGUGAGCAGAGGACGAAAGACCAGAAGGGAGUGACCAUUCCGAGUCAGCGGCGGUAUGUGGAGUACUACGAGGAACUAGUCAAAAGCCAAGCAGUGUACGGCCCGGUGAACCUCGUGUUCACCUCCCUGGAAAUGGAACCCACGCCCACUUUUAAUGGUAACACAUGCUAUCCAUUUUUCAUGCUGUAUUCGAGCGGGAGUAAGAUGAACAAAGUGUACACGUCGCCGGUGUUGGAAGUUCGCAAGAACUGCCGCCUGCAUUUUGCCCUGCCCUCUGGGGGCAUCUUGGUGCAGGGGGACAUCAAGGUAGAGGUCUACACCAAGCCCAAGAUGAUGGCCAAGGAGAAGAUGUUCCAAUUUUGGUUCAACACCUUCUUUGUGCCGCACGCGCGCAAGAACGUGUCGCAGUCCAACGGUGUGGCGGGGGGAGAGCUAAGGGUUCACAACGGGGACGAUGAGGUGCGAACGCUCGUUCUCUUCAAGGACGACUUGGAUAAGGCCUAUAAGGAUAAGCAACAUAACAAGUUUAGUAAAGAUUUCAAGGUCUCCCUGCACUUUACGCCGGCGACGAACUUGCACCCGUCGUCCCAAGUGUCCGGUGCCGUCGGGGGCGCCGGGGACGACCCCAGCAGUGACGUGGACGGUGUCGGCACGGAGAGCGACACGACAGACGACGACGACUGGGAGUCGACGACUCACGUCUGAGGGGAGAAGAGAGGACUCUCUCGAGAGAAGCACCGCACAACCUCGCCCCCCAGCCAGCCUCAAGUGCGGCAACCCUGCACACCCCCCGCCCCGGGGGAGUACGCCACACGCCCCCCGAUGCAGCAUGGUUCGACCUUUUCUUUUUUUUUUAGUGUGCAUCGUGUCUUCUUUCUCUCCCCCUCCCCUCCCCUCCCGACUCUCUGUGUUGGUUUCCCUGCCGAGAAGCGGAGAGAUGUGUGCCGACCGACCGCGUACCUUUUUAUUUUGUGUGCCAAGCGAACAGUGAGAGGUCGAGAACUGCCCUGACGCUUAGUGACUCACAAGCAAAGUACCUGACCUUUAAUUAACGUUGUUUUGUUUCGUCUCCUUCCUUACGUUUCUCUCUCUCGUUUUCCUCCGUUUUUUUUUUUUUUUUUUUUUUUUUUUAGCGACGUAACGUGGUUUCCGUCGAAACGGGUGUUCGUGUACAUAUGCGCCAGUCAAGCACGUGGGGAAUGGUGACUGCCUCCGACAGCAGGUCGAUAGGUUGUUGUCGUGAAGCGCGGUCUGCAACCUUUUUUAAGUUUUAGCCUCAACAAUGUGGAGCUGUUAAGCCUUGUUUUUUUGCUCUGUUCGCCGUACGUCGAAAUCUCAAGAUGAGUUUGUAUAUUUGUUGAAUGUAUAAAUGGAGAUUGUCA